GUGAGAAGGCAGGAGGAUGUUGAAGCUACUGUUCCUUCUGAUGCUCUGGAUUCCACGCCGGAUUCUUUCCUAUCUGAAACAGAUCUGGUCCCGCAAACGCUACCCACCAGGGCCUUUCCCACUUCCUGUGAUUGGAAGCAUGUGGCGGCGAUUUGAUACUGCCGUAUCGGAGAUGACUUUCAGAAAGCUGGCAAAGGAAUAUGGGAACAUUUUUUCCUUGUGGGGAGGGGGCUAUCACUGUAUAGUUCUCUGCGGAUACCAAGCUGUGAAAGAAGUACUAAUAGACCAUUCUGAAGCUUUUGUUGAUCGCCUGAGCACACAUUACAUUUCAGCUUCAGUAAAAGAAAAGGGUAUUGCAUUUUCAAACGGUCACACCUGGAAACAACAAAGACGGUUUGGCGUUACCACCAUGAGGAAAUUGGGACUAGGGAAAAAAGGCAUGGAAUCUCAAAUCCAAGAGGAGGCCCACGAGCUUGUGGAAUUCUUUGCAGAGACAAAGGGGCAGCCGUUUGACCCUUCGCUAUCCAUCAUGAAAUCAUUUUCAAACGUGAUCUGUGCUGCAGCAUUUGGACGUCGGUUUUCCACGGAAGACAAGGACUUCCUGGAGUUGACAGAAGCUAUUUCAUUUCUCAUAAGAUUUGGAAGCAGUGUCUCUUACCUUCUCUAUGAAGCUUUGCCAUAUAUCAUGAAGCAUCUGCCUGGUCCUCACCAGACUGCCUUUUCUUUUUGGGAGAUGAUGAUUUCAUUUGUGAGGAAGGAGAUCACACGUCAUAAGGAGAAUCAAAGCCAGCAUGAACCACAGGAUUUCAUUGAUUUCUACCUAUUUCAAAUGGAGAAAAGCAAGGGCGAUCCCGAUUCUACCUAUAAUGAAGACAACUUGGCUCACUGCAUUAUUGACUUAUUUAUUGGUGGGACAGAUACAACUUUAGGUUCUCUGAAAUGGGCAUUGCUGGUUAUGGCAAAUCAUCUGGAUAUCCAAGAUAAAGUAUAUGAGGAAAUGGAAGAAGUUUUCAGUUCAUCUCACACCAUCUGUUAUGAAGAUCGGAAGAAACUGCCAUACACCAAUGCUGUGAUUCAUGAAAUCAUGCGAAACAAAUAUAUCUUGUUGUUUGGAUUUCCUAGACAAAGUGUGCAGGAUAUCUAUUCAAAUGGCUUUCUCAUUCCCAAGGGAGCUAUUAUUCUUGCAGACCUACGUUCUGUUCUUUUCGAUCCUGAACACUGGGAGGCCCCUGAAGAGUUCAACCCAAAUCAUUUUUUGGACAAGGAAGGACAUUUUGUGAUAAAAGAAGCAUUUCUUCCUUUUGGAGCAGGAGCUCGUGUCUGCUUGGGAGAACUCCUUGCAAAGAUGGAGCUAUUCAACAUCUUUACCAGGCUGCUGAGGGCAUUUAGGAUGCAGCCACCAGAAGGUGUGGAAAAACUCAGUGAAAAAUUAAUAGUAGGGGCAGUUGUGCAUCCCGCUCCCUACAAGAUUUGUGCUGUCCCUCGUAUCAGGACACCAUAAUAUGGGCAAACAAAAUGAGGGCCUUG